AUGGCGGAACUUGAAAAGUUACUGAACAGAGCCAAGGAGAUGGCAAAAGCCACCGGAUCGGCAGAUGGUAAGAAAGAUGGGGAAGGCGAUGAGGAAUUAGAUGAAUUUACUAAACUUAAGAACGAAAUUUGUGAAAUGGAACGCCAAACCCGUUUAGAUAUCAAAGCUCGUGAUGAAUUUGCAGAAGCCAUUGGUACACGUGAUCAAAAAGCUGAAAUUGUAAAACAAACAUCUCAAAUCCGUAAUAAGAUUAAAGAAAUGCGUAAUAAAGUUGAUCAACUUAGACAGAUGGUUGCUGACCAAGAAGAGCAACUUCGAAAGAAAAACAAAACUAGCGAAGGUUUACAAAAUCGUAAGAAACUUUGUGAUCUUUGCGAUGCUAGAAUUGAUGAAUGUGAACGUUGGGCUAAAGGUCACUCAUUCGUCAGUGCAAAGGAUGAUCCAAAGAAACGUGCUCUUUUGAAAGGCGCUAAUUUUGAUGACACAGCAACUCCACAACUUGCUCAUUUCGUACCAUCACCAACAGAAUCAGAAUACGAAGAAAUCGCUGGUAUUGAAGACUGGAGAUUACAAAUCAAUAAAAACGAGCAAGAAAUCGACCAAAAAUUAGACCAACUCGUGGAAGGAACGUCUGCUCUCGUUCAUAUCGCAAACCAGCUUCACGAUGAAUACGAAAUCCUCGGUAGAAUGACAGAUGAAGUCGAUGAGAAAAUGGAUAAAGUCGAUGCAAAGCUUGAGUCUACAAAUGAAAGAGUUAACGCUCUCCUUGAAAAAGUUGGCGGUUGCUCUAACUGCUGCAUUGAUAUUUUCCUUGUUCUUGUUAUUUUGGCUUGCCUUUACUUCAUUGCUUCCAAAUUUAUUAAGAUUUAA